AUGUCCACCACGUUACAUACCAACAACAUGGUUUCUCCUCUGUUUUUAGCCACACUCCUCCUCGUGUCAUCAGCUUUCUACCCCUUGUCAUGUGCAGCAGCGCCGGCUGAUGGCACCACGGACACGAGCAGAGAUGCUCUGCUCUGCCUCAAGUCCCGCCUCCACGGUGCCACCACAGCCAUGGCCACAUGGAACCACACCACCGCACCAGAUUUCUGCACCUGGCAUGGCGUCUCAUGCGCCAGGAGGCCAAGGCAGCCACCCCUCGUGGUAGCCUUAGAGAUGGAGGCCCAAGGCCUCGCCGGUGAGAUCCCGCCCUGCAUCGCCAACCUCACUUCUCUGGUAAGGAUCCACUUGCCCAACAACCGGCUCUCCGGUCAUAUCCCGCCGGAGCUCGGCCGGCUCUCCGGACUCCGGUACCUCAACCUCAGCUUCAACGCGCUGAACGGCACCAUCCCUUUCACCCUCGGCGCGCUUCACAACCUUUCUUCGCUAGACCUGGGCGGCAAUGGGCUUUCCGGUGAGAUUCCGGCACUGCUCGGGAGUUCGCCGGCUCUAGAGUACAUCAGCCUCUCUGACAAUUUUCUUGACGGAGAAAUCCCGCUGUCACUGGCGAAUAGUUCCUCGCUUCGUUACCUGUCUCUGGACAACAACAGCAUUCAAGGGGCGAUCCAUGCGUCCCUUUUCAACAGCUCAACCAUCACCGAGAUACACCUUUGGCACAACAAUCUUUCUGGUGCAAUUCCACAUUUCAUGAUGUUCUCUUCAAAACUCACGUACCUAGAUCUCUCCCAAAACAGUCUUUCUGGAGUCGUGCCGUCGUCGGUGGCAAACCUCUCGUCCCUUACCUCACUCGACCUCUCGCACAACCAGUUGCAAGGAUCCAUUCCAGAUUUGGGUAAACUUGCCGGACUACAAAGCCUUGGUCUCUCAUAUAACAGUCUGUCAGGAAUAGUCCCACCCCCCAUUUACAAUAUGUCUUCAUUGAAUUAUCUUACGCUAGCCAGCAACAAUCUUGAAGGAACGCUGCCUUCUGAUUUGGGUAUCACACUUCCUAACCUCCAAACACUGAGCAUGGCUAAUAAUCAUUUUGUGGGUAACAUUCCUGCCUCCCUACAAAAUGCCUCCAGCAUGAUGUAUAUCCAUAUGGGCAACAACUCUCUGACUGGUGUGGUUCCUUCUUUCAGCUCCAUGAAAAAUUUGGAGUACGUAAUGUUGUACUCAAAUCAUCUAGAGGCUGGAGCCUGGACAUUCUUCUCCUCUUUGGCGAAUUGUACCCAACUGCUGAAACUUAACAUCGGUGAAAACAACUUGAAAGGGAAUUUCCCAGCAAAUUCUGUAGCAAAUCUCCCCAAAAGCUUGACCGCUUUAACCCUUCGGUCAAACAACAUCUCUGGCACCAUCCCCUUGGAGAUUGGAAACCUUUCAAGUCUUUCCAUGCUCUAUCUUGAUACUAAUCUUUUCAUUGGGCCUAUACCUUUCACCCUUGGUCAGCUACGCAAUCUGGCAAUGCUUAGCCUGUCAAGGAACAAAUUUUCAGGAGAGAUACCUCCUUCCAUUGGGGACCUACAUCAACUGGAAGAGCUUUAUUUGCAAGAAAAUCAAUUGAUUGGAAGCAUACCUGAAAGUCUAGCUAGUUGUCAGAACUUGGUUGCAUUGAACCUUUCAUGUAAUACUCUUGGUGGAAGCAUAAGCGGACACAUGUUGGGCAGCUUGAACCAACUGAGCUGGCUACUUGAUUUAUCACACAAUCAACUCUCAAUGUCCUUACCACUAGAGAUAGGUAGCUUGAUAAACCUUGGAUCCUUGAACAUCUCUCAUAACAAUAUUACAGGCAUAAUCCCGUCCACACUUGGCAACUGUGUCCAGUUGGAAUCGCUUCACUUAGAAGGGAACCUCCUGCAAGGAAGCAUUCCACAAUCACUAUCAAGCCUCAAAGCCAUCCAAGUGUUAGAUUUCUCCCACAACAAUCUAUCUGGUACAAUACCGGAGUUCCUUGAGACCUUCACCACGUUGCAGUAUCUGAAUAUGUCCUUUAAUGACUUGGAAGGACCCAUUCCCACUAGUGGAGUUUUUUCUAACACAAGUGGCGUUUUUGUCCAAGGAAAUCCAUACCUUUGUGCAAAUUUUGCGGUACAAGAGCUGCCUAGAUGCUUUUCUUCUGAAUCCACAAAAGAACACAAGUUUGUCAUCCCAGUGUUGAUAGCUCUAUCAGCUCUUGCCGCACUAGCUUUGAUCUUGGGGAUGUUCAUUUUCUGGUUGAAGACGGGGUACAAAUCUAAUGAGAACAUUGUCCAUUCAUACAUGGAGCUGAAAAGGAUAACAUAUGGUGAUGUAAUCCAAGCAACAAAUAGUCUUUCUCUAGCCAAUGUAGUCGGCUCCGGGCAAUUUGGGACCGUCUACAAAGGUUGGUUUGACGCGGAAGAUGGUACGGUUGCUGUCAAAGUCUUCAAGCUCAAUCAGCAUGGCGCAUUGCAUAGCUUCAUUGCUGAGUGCAAAGCAUUGCAACACAUCCGCCACCGGAAUCUCGUGAAGGUGAUAACCGCGUGCUCAACUUAUGACCCAGUGGGAAAUGAGUUCAAGGCACUAGUCUUUGAGUAUAUGGCCAACGGAAGCCUUGAGGACCGACUUCAUAACCACCAGCGUGGUAGUUUGAGUUUAGGCGGAGUGAUAUGCAUAUCAAUUGACAUUGCUUGUGCUCUUGAAUACCUACAUAACCAGUGUACCCCACCGGUAGUUCACUGUGAUCUGAAACCAAGCAACAUACUUUUUGACAAUGACGAUACUGCACGUGUCUGCGACUUUGGUCUGGCGAAGCUAAUUCAUGGUUGUUCAUCUGGAGGGCAGAGUGGUACAACAAGCAUAGUUGGACCAAGAGGGUCUAUUGGGUACAUACCUCCUGAGUAUGGUAUGGGCGGUGAAAUCUCCACCCAGGGAGACAUCUACAGCUAUGGCAUUGUUCUUUUGGAAAUGCUAACACAGAAACGGCCUACUAGUGAAGAGUUCAGUGAUGGCUUGACACUCCGCAAGUAUGUGGAAGCAUCACUUUCACGAACCCAAGACAUUCAACCCAACCUUACUACGGAGGUGGGAGAUCAGUGUGUUGAUCAUAUUCCAAACUUGCAAGAAUGCAACACAUUUGCGCUGGAGCAUAUAUGUGCUCUCCGUCUCUUUAAACUUGGCUUAUUAUGCUCUGCGGAAUCACCAAAGGAUCGCCCAACGAUGCAUGAUGUCUACGGCAAAGUAACUGAAGUAAAAGAGGCAUUUUUCUCCAUGGACAACUGCAGCAAUGACCUUACAUUAUUAAGACAAAAAGGCGGACGAUGA